UUGAGGUGUGGCCUCACAGCUACAACUCGCCUUGUCCAGGUCACUGGUGAAUGUAUUAACUGGGACUGGCCCCAGUGCUGAGCCCUGGGGAACACCAUUGGUGUCCAGUCAGUUUGGAUCUAACUCCAUUCACCAUACUUUUUUACUCUGUGCAGCUGUCCAAGCCGUGAGCAGCCAAUUUCCCCAAGAUAAUUUUUUUGAUCUUGUACUUCUUCUGUUUCCUUACAAGCAUUUCAACAAACUGUAUGAGUGAGUAUCUCAGUGAUUUGGAAUCAUGCUUUUGAUCUGAGAGAUCUUGAGUUUGUUCAGAUGCUGGUAUCUUUUUGAAACUACAAUUAAUUAUUCCUACAGUAAGGUUAGUUCCAGUGCUUUAAUGAUGCUGAUAUGCUUAGUACAUUUCCCUCAGACUGUGGACUGGAUGCCUCCUGUCUCUACCCACUUAGGUGUGCCACUAGAAGUUAUCAUUCUGAGUCAUCCAUUGCCACUCCUGAGCUUGGGAGCCUCUGUUUCUCCUGAAACUCCCAGUGGAGCUGCUCGUGAAAACACAGCCCUGCUUUCGUUAGGAUGAUCUAAAUGAGGUUAAGCAGUAGGUAUUUGCUGAUCCAGCUCAUUUUCACAAAAGCCUUUCAGACCAUGUUUAUGUGAGCAGACAGAUUUAGGAAAUAUUAUCUGGCAAAGGAGCACUGAUGAGCUGCAAGGACUUGAGCUGGUGAAUGUGUCCUUUUUCACUAACACAAGGUUUUAAAGCUUUGUCUUCAGUGUACUGCAGUGCUGCUGAUGGUGUUGAAUUAGUACUCAUUAAAUUAGUCCUAUAAGAGAAGAAAUCAAUCAGUACUUCUCUAGCAAUUUGUAUUGUACUGUACCUGUUAUUUGAAAGUGUAACUCCACACUUGAAAGUUGUGUAGUUGCUUAAAACAGUGUGUUAACCAAGAUUUUAAAGAAGUGUUGAAUAACAUGAUAUUCACUGUUCAGUUGGUAAUAUCCAGUUUGGGAACUCUUACUAAUUUUCAAAAGCAGAUUUAAGUAUAUAAUAAAUGUGUUCCAGUAUACUUCCAGUAUAUAUAUAUAUAUGUAAAAUCCAUGGCAGAUUGUAGGGUUGAAUUCUGAUUUGUUUCGGGGGAAUAGUAUUUUAUAUAUCACAAUUCAAAAAUAAACUGAUUGUGUUAGUGGGGUAGAAGGAAUUUAUUUUCCUAUGAAAGGUAAUACCUCUAGAAUGUUGAAAAUAAAUCAGUGAAAUUUUAGGAACACAGUUUUUUGUUGGAAAACCAGCCUGUGAUAUUUUGUUCAAAGCUCAAGAUUUAAAACAUGCUACUGAAUAAUGGUAAAUAAAAUGGAAAAUGCUGAAUUUACCUUCCUGUUUGUUGCUGGGUUAUGGUUUAUUUAUGUCUGUGUGUUACUAAUUAAAUGUUGAGCAUCAAAAAUUAAGCAAUGAGCUUUAUGUCAACAGUGUCUUAAAAACUAUUUUUAAUAUGCUUAUGUAGUAUCUUAGGGUAAUCUUUAAUGGUUUGGAAAACAACAGGGAAAAGUAAAAUGCAAACAUCGUUGCCAACGUGUCAUAAGUUUUGAAGCAUAAUUAAAAGUUGGAAUUUUAAAGGAUUUAGGCACUAAAGAUAAGCUGCUAGCAUUUAGUGGUGCAGCAUCAGCAAUAUUUUUAUACAUGUAUUGAGUCUCAGUUCAACAUUUGAACUGAUUUUACAGUUAGUAAAAUAAAAUGCUUUCCAGUUUAAUGAAAUAUAAUUUUAUGCUCCUACAUGAAACCUUUAUGAUUUACUUCUGUACAUCAGCUGUUACUUGCACUUUUCUUGUAACCACAGUAUUUAUAUACAUAUAUAUACAUAUAGACCUGCUCAGAAUGUUUGCCGUUAGUUACUUUGAAAUCUCAUUAAAACUAACCUGGAAGUGAAUUUCAGUUCUGAGGUUUGGAAUAUGUUUAUUAGAGUUUUUGAGGAAAGAGUUUGAAACAACCAAGUACUGGGAAGCAGCAGGCUAUGCAAAAUAAAAUAAUUCAGUUUGAGGCAAAGAUUUGUGUUUAUUAGCAUUUCCUUUAAGGUGAAGGUUGUCCUUUUAAUUUGAUAUUAAAAAUUUAGUUUUGAAUGAUGAGUUACACUUGAAAGUUUCUUGAAACCAGAUGUUGCUGGUUAAACUUAGUUUUGUUUUUUAGGAACCAUAAAAAAAUUAUAUAAAAAAUAAUUAAAACAUGUUUACCAGCUGCCUGAACUGUAUUUUCUGGAUGUUGAUGUUGAAUGUGGCUAUUUUUGGGGUUGAUGUGCUUUGAAAAUAGAUGUUGCAAAGCAGAGCCUUCAGGAUCACUGGAAAACGCUGCCUGCAUGAACACGUGUGUAUAUAAGUUUGUGGUAGGCUUCUGUUCUAUCCUUGUGACCUGAAUAGCUGGAUCAGUUUCUACACAGGGAUUGAAGGAGGGGGAAUAAAGUGAAAAACAAGCUAGGAAAUGUCACAAAAGUUCCGGAAAAAAUACUCAGAAAUCUCCCAAGCCGAGAUGUGCUGUACUUGUUAAAGAAGGAUCAGAGGCAGAGCUGGGCACAUGAUCUCAAGCUGCUCAAUGCAAAUGAGAGAGCGUAUCCUUAGGUUUUUGGCACAAGGGGUUCCUCACUGUUCGAAGCAUGCUAUCAGCUAAACCAGUUCUGGAUGCAGUGCAAGCUUUGGCAGCAGAAGAAAUGCUUGGGUACUCUCUGAAGAUUGAAGGCGAUGAGGUUUGCUGGGAUGGGUAAUCUUCUUAAGGUCCUUACCAGGGAAAUUGAAAACUAUCCACAUUUUUUCCUGGAUUUUGAAAAUGCACAGCCCACGGAUGGAGAAAGGGAGGUCUGGAACCAGAUCAGUGCAGUUUUACAGGACUCUGAAAGCAUGCUUGCAGACCUUCAGGCUUACAAAGGAGCUGGACAAGAAAUUAGAGAUGCAAUACAAAAUCCCAAUGAUAUCCAGCUGCAAGAAAAAGCAUGGAAUUCAGUCUGUCCCCUGGUUGUAAGGCUAAAGCGCUUUUAUGAGUUUUCACUCAGAUUAGAGAAAGCCCUGCAGAGUUUACUGGAAUCCUUGACAUGCCCUCCUUACACUCCAACUCAGCACCUGGAACGGGAACAAGCUCUAGCAAAAGAGUUUGCGGAAAUCUUACAUUUUACUCUUCGUUUUGAUGAACUUAAGAUGAGAAACCCAGCAAUUCAGAAUGACUUCAGUUAUUACAGGCGGACAAUAAGUCGCAACAGAAUAAACAACAUGCAUCUAGACAUUGAGAAUGAAGUGAACAAUGAAAUGGCCAAUAGGAUGUCACUGUUCUAUGCAGAAGCCACACCGAUGCUGAAAACCCUCAGUAACGCAACAACACAUUUUGUAUCAGAAAACAAAACAUUACCAAUUGAAAAUACAACGGACUGUCUAAGUACUAUGGCCAGUGUAUGUAAAGUCAUGUUGGAAACACCAGAGUACAGGAGUAGAUUCACCAGUGAAGAGACCCUUAUGUUCUGCAUGCGAGUAAUGGUGGGAGUUAUUAUCCUGUAUGAUCACGUCCAUCCUGUGGGAGCUUUCUCAAAGACAUCAAAGAUUGAUAUGAAGGGAUGCAUAAAAGUUUUAAAGGAACAACCGCCUGACUCUGUGGAAGGACUCCUGAAUGCUCUCAGGUUCACUACAAAACACCUGAAUGAUGAAUCUACUUCAAAACAAAUUCGAGCUAUGCUGCAGUAGUACCCAGAGACAAGUAGAUGUUUGUAUUGAUCACAGAAGAUGUGUAUGUUUACAUAAUUUAAUACAGUUUGAUGUUAAUACUUGUGUGUAUUUACAUAACCAUUUUCUUCACACUGCUAAAACAUAUGAAUCUCUUUGUAACCUGACUGACUUAUAUAGUGCAACCUAAGUUUUUUUUCUAGCCUUUAUCUUUUGACUGUUAAAAUACUUUUUUACUUAGAUACUUCAGUUAUGACACUUUAUCUGUGCAUUUUAAUCCUUAAACACCUCCUCUAUCGGAUAAGUAAUAGUGAAGAGAAAAUGGAAAUCAAACUGAAAUGUCAAAGGUACCACAGAAAAGGAACUUUAAAGAAGAAAGUUAAUAUAAGAGAAAGCAAACUUCAUUUGGUAUGUUUUAAAGAACAUGUGCACAGUUUUUUUGGUCAGUUUUAACAUCUUGUCAAACUAGUAUGAAUAGGAGAAUACCAGACUGUUCAUCACUCUCAUAAAAUGCAUUAUCUUUCCUGUAAUAAGUGGAGAUCCACCUAAUUUUAAGGAUUAUAUGCUGUCUGGCAACCAAAAAUGUAUUUCAAACAGGUAAUUUUACAGUAUAACCCAUACCUUUCAACAGCUGAGGAAAUUCAUAUCCUUUUUCAGAUGCAGUAUAAAUAAACAGAAAAUAUGCUUAAAGAUCACUGUUAGAUUUUGAAAACUCUGUAUAAUUUUAUUAGAUUUAGAAAGGAAAGGGAAAAUACUAAUGCCUUGACUUAACUGGAAAAAGUUUGUCAGUGUAAAAAGUUUGUCAGUGUAAAUAUAUCACAGUGAGCAUUAACUACCAGACAGCUCUAGCCAGUAAAUAAUUUUUGGGUGAUCUAAACUAGUCCACUCUUCUGUAGCAAACUUCCCUGAUGUCAAAUCGGCCACAUCAGACCAGAGAUGGUUUAAAUUUAAGAGCUGAUCUGUUCUUAGGAGCUCUAUUAAGUUCCUGAUAGUGUUACUCAUUAGAUGAUUCAGAGUCAACACAAAAAUAAUUAUCAGCUGGCUGCUCUUCACUGACUUUUGAGAUGUGAUACUUAAAGAAGUUAAGUUCCUUGCUGAGUUUCUGGUAGAUUUUCCAGUUAAUGGAAUAGAAAUACUUUGCCAAAAGCAGCAAAGUGCUCAUGCUCUGUUAAGUGUGUCUACUGGGUGGUCUGCAGUUGCUGUACAUAUUCUUGCAGAAGUCACGUUCUGAAAAUGUGUUUGAUUUUGUGUACUUUGCUUGCAUGUAUGUGUGGAAACUCCAGUGCUUGUGCACAGAUUCAGAUUUGUAUUUGCUUAUUCCCAUAUAGAUAAAUCAGGGUUUGUGUGCUUUCACUGGAAUUUUCAUGCAAUCUCUUCUAAAAACAUUGCCAUAAGACUUUGAAGAUGCAUUUGGUGUGCUAGAACUCGGCUGCACUGUGGCAAACUGUGUCAUUGAACUCAGUCCUUAAAAAAUAUUAAUGUCACAAGUUCUCUGGAGUAGGGAUUGACUUGAGAGCUUGUUUCUGAGCAGAGCAACCCCUGUGAGGUUUCUUAGACCCAAUCAGAAACCACAGGUGCCAAUGUCAUGCAUGUCCUGAUACUGGACAGCACCACGAUGUCAUCCAUCAUUCAUGUCACACCUCUGCAGCUGCAGCAGGCGGUUGCUAUAUUGUUGUUGGAGAGUUAGAACUCACUCACAUUAGAUCUUUUUAUUUUUGUGAAAGCAAUGACCACACUUUUUUCACAGUAGUAAAUCCACUGUUUACAGGCUCCAUUUUUAAUGGGGGGACAUUUAAAAAUGUAUGUUAGGGAAAUCCUGCUUUGUUCAUAGUCACUUCCCAUUAGGUAAAUUAGGUGGAUGACAGGCCAUUCUGUUGAGCUUUGGUAACUGAAGUUAAUAUAUGCUUAACUGCAUUUUUUUGUCAAUGAAGUCUUAAAUCUUUAAGUAGCCCAGAGGAAAACUAUUUGUCACUUGUAUAAUAAAAAUGUAAACCUUAAAACAUUCUGUGAGUUGUCAUGUGCUGUUUGCUGAAGUUACAGGAUUUCUUUGCCUGCUUUGAUGUUUUUGUACAGAAGUUUGUUUGAAAUAAUAAAAAAUUUGGUACAGUAAA